UGGCUACGUUUUGAGAGUUGGAGCGACGUCACCGCGCGACACCUGUCCCCUUUCCUUCCUCUUCUUCGUCUUCUUCCUCCUCUCGUCUCCUCCACAUCUACUUCUCUCUCUCUCUGUCUCUCCCCCCUCCACUAACCCUAGCUUCUCCCGAGCACAGAUACGCACACAAAGAGAGAGAGAGAGAGAGAGAGAGAGAGAGAGAGAGAGAGGAAGCUACUGCUUCUAUGGGUGGAGUGUGUGUGUAGCUUUCGACGAGCUGUGUUGUGUGUUGGAGGGGAGUGGAUAAGACCGAGAGAGAUCGUGCGCUGUGUGUGUGUGUGUCCUUUGUUGCGUUCUCGUGGGCGAAAGCGAUAACGAGCGGAGAGGGUGGGGUGCUCCUUUACUUGCCUUUCCUUUUUUUACCUUUCUCAAUUCAAUGUUUCGUGUACUGCUACUGCUACUAACGCCCUAGAUUGAUGUGGUUGUGUGGAGAUUGACGUGGGUUUCUUCAGAUCCGAGGAACCAGACGGAAAAAGGCCCCCCAUGUUUUUACCUUUCCCCUCGUCUUUCUUGUGAUUCCCUAAAAGGCCCUUUUUGUCUAGGGCGCUCCCGUGCUUAAGGAUAAGGGUUUCGCCCUCCCAUUGAACUUUUCCUGGGGCCAAUUUUAUCCGGGCAAGUUGUUUUAGCAGGUGCUGCUGAGGUUCUUCUGCUGUUGAACAGGAUACUUCAUCCUAGAUUUGGUGGGAGGUUUUGGGAAAUUGGUGAUUUUUGGCUUUGAUUUCUGUUGCCCAUCAGCUGUUCGACGAAAUUCUCACGAGGAGGAAUAGUGCUCAGUCCCAGCUAAUUCAGCUACUAGCUGAAGCCGGCUUCAAAGUGAUGAAGAGGUGGAAAGGAGCCUCUUUUGAGCGAUGAGAGGAUUUGUGAUGAGUGCGGCAUCAGAUUCUCAGAUAUUCUACUGUUUCGUCAGCAGCAAAGCAUGAAGGAUGUAACUCUCGUACUUCCUCUUCCAUUUAGUAUGACCAAUUCGCUGUGCAACAGCUCGAUGGAUAUUGAUCACCUUGAAUCAAUAGCUGACGCACCUGAAAGCUUGAUAUCUGAUCGAAUUGCUGCCGAAUUGCUUGUAGAGGGAGGGGAUGGUGAUGAUUUAGAGGUUCGAACGUUGCCUGGAAGCGACGAAGAAGAUUCCACCUCUAUUGGGCCCGAACAGUCUGUUUUAGAUUUGAGUUGCAAUACAGUGUUAGCAAGUUCUUCUGGUUCAGCAAAGAGUAUAAGUUCUUGUGUUGAAAUCAUAGAGGGGUCUGCAUUGGGGAAAUUGGGCUCUGAGAUUGUGACUAUUGAUUCUUCCGAUUCUGACAGUAGAGUGAUAUCCAUUGUUAAUCUGGUGGUUCAGGAUAUUGGGGCUAUCGGUAGCAGUGCAUCGAAAAUUUUCUCGUUGAAUUAUAUUCCCCUUUGGGGUAGCACUUCAAUCUGUGGGAGAAGGCCAGAAAUGGAAGAUGCGGUAGUUAUGAAGCCUUGGUUCUGUGAUAUUCCUAUCGAGAUGCUAUCUGAUAAUCAUUUUGUCGAUGGCGUGAACCCGAGUUUGACUCACUUGCCCGGCCAUUUUUUUGGGGUAUAUGAUGGCCAUGGUGGCUCGCAGGUUGCAAAUUACUGCCGGGAGCGAAUUCACACUGUGUUGAUCGAAGAGGUGCAGAAUGCGAACAAUGGUCCUGAUACUUGGCAGAAGCAAUGGGAGAUGGCUUUCACUAGAUGCUUUGUGAAAGUUGACGAUGAGGUUGGAGGAAGGGUGAGACAAAGCCUUGUGGAAAGCACUUCGGAUAUCUCUGGCGCUGACAGCACCUUGUCCUUCACUCUACCUUCUGACCCCAUUGCCCCAGAGACUGUAGGAUCCACUGCGGUGGUUGCCGUCAUCUGCUCUUCUCACAUCAUAGUUGCAAACUGUGGGGAUUCGAGGGCAGUUCUUUGUCGCGGAAAGCAACCCGUGGCAUUAUCGGUGGAUCAUAAACCAGAUAGAGAGGAUGAGUAUGCCAGAAUAGAGGCAGCUGGAGGCAAGGUGAUCCAAUGGAAUGGGUAUCGCGUAUACGGUGUUCUAGCAAUGUCAAGGUCAAUUGUAAGUUUUCUACUGUCGAAUGCAGGGGAUAGAUACUUGAAACCGUCAAUAAUUCCCGAUCCGGAAGUCACGAUUGUGCCGCGAACGAGAGAAGACGAGUGCCUCAUCUUAGCCAGUGACGGCCUCUGGGACGUAAUGUUAAAUGAAGAGGCCUGCGACAUAGCUCGAAGAAGGAUCCUUCUUUGGCACAAAAAGAAGGGUGUUUUUUCUUCAUCGUCGCCAUCAUCUUCGUCAUCGUCGUCAUCUGCCACUUCCACAGUAAGUAGAGGUGAAGGAGCAGAUCCCGCAGCUCAAGCCGCCGCGGACUAUCUCUCGAGGCUUGCUCUCCAGAAAGGGAGUAAAGAUAACAUCACCGUCAUUGUUGUGGACUUAAAAGCUCAGAGGAAAUUUAAGAGCAGAACAUGACUGGUAAAUUUCUUUUCUUUUUUUUUUUUUCCCCUCUUCCUAUUUUUAUACUAUUAAACUAUUAGUUGAAGUAAGAAAAAUUUCUGAAUAUAGCUGGUGCUUCCGUUGCCAUUAUUAAGUACAUUUACUUAAGCCCGUCUAUUUUUUGUUCGACCUGGGCUUGUGAAGUAUGUGUUGGAAUACAUAGACUAUGAAUGUACUAAUCAUUUGUCUAAAGAAAUGUUUUAUAUCUUGUAAUGUUAUUCUCUCAGGCA